AUGGCCCAGCUGGAGUUAAGCCGUGCGUGCGCCUGGGAAGAUGAACCGUCGACCCCGAACCUGGCCAGUUACCUUCCUCCAGGCUCCGCCGGCCGUUCAUCUCCCAACCCGUCUAUAUAUUCCCCGUACGCGCACAGAGGUUUGCAUACACGCUCUCCUUCUGCAGUCGUCAGUCAAUCACAAACAAAACCAUGGCACCAACGACAGCCGCCGCGCUCGCCGUCGCGGUGCCGCCGUCCAACAUCGGCGAACAUCUCCUCCGCCUCCUGGAGAACGAGGAAGGCGCCGACGUCACCUUCCAGGUCGGCCGCCGCGAGUUCGCCGCGCGCGCACGCGCUCGUGCUCUCCGCCCGCUCGCCCGUCCUCCGCGCGACGCUCUCUGACGAGCAGAAGAAGAAGAACCCCGUCCUGCGCAGGAUGGUUGUACUCGUCGAAGGCAUUGGGGAGGCCGCCUUCGAGGCGCUCCUUCACUUCGCCUACGCCGACGCACUGCCCGCGAAGACGACCGCCGAGCUUCUCGGCUCCGGAUCCGAGACGACGGUCCGCGCGAGGAUGGAGGCCGCGGGGGAACUGAUCGCGGCGGCGGAGAGGUACGGCAUGGAGAGGAUGCAACUGCUGUGCGAGCGCGCGCUGUGCGAGGCCGUCGCCGACGCGGAGACCGCCGCGGCCACGCUGGUGCUCGCCGACCGGAUCGAGUGCCAGCAGCUCAAAGCCUUCUGCGUCGAGUUCAUCGCGGCGGAGCCUGGAGUGCUGCGGGGCAUGAUGGGGACGGACGCGUACAUGUUGCUCAAGGAGUCCUGCCCGGUGGUUCUCGUCGAUAUCAUGGAGAAAGUCGUCGCCGCGCUCGAUGCGCAGGCGCAGGGUAAUUGCAAGGGCUCGUCGCCUGCUCCUAGCAAACGGCGCAAGUCCAUGUACGAUCUCCCUUUGAUUGCACGGUGA